GCGGGCAGCUUUGGCGUCGCGCCUCAGCUUCACGCUCAGCCACGCGCGGGCGUGACGGCGCGGGAGGUCUCUCGGAGCUGGGCGAGCUUCGGCCUCCCCAACCUGCGUGCAGUCGUGCGGAGUCCCAACUGCCGCCGCGCAUUCCCACAGGCCACAGGCGCUGCCGUGAGAUUACAAAACCCUUGCACCCACACUACUAGGUUUCUGGAUCCACAGCUAGAUGAAUAUAGCUUCAUGCAUCCGGCGAUGUUUAUUUGUUGUUGCAACUUGCAGAGUUCUUCAGUACCAAAUUGUCGAGCAUUGGCCGCACGAUUGCUGGAGAUCUGUCUGUAUUCUUGGAAGCCUUUGAGGUUCUCCCUUUUCGGCAAAUGAGUGCAGGUGGUGCUUUUGGUGGAAAUAGGGGGGUGAGGCCUGUACCUCCUGAGAAAGGUGUAUUCCCAUUGGAUCACUUACAUGAGUGUGACUUGGAGAAGAAAGACUAUCUUGCCUGCCUGAAAUCUACAGGAUUCCAGUCUGAAAGAUGCCGGCAGUUUUCAAAGAAGUAUCUGGAAUGUCGGAUGGAGAGAAACUUGAUGGCAAAGCAAGACAUGUCAGAGCUCGGAUUCAGAAAUUUGGACGAAGUGGGAACAGCUCCUGACAAAAUCAGCAGACUAGAGAGCUCUCCCAAUCAGCCAAAGGAGAAAAAAUAGCUGCUUGAUUUUGAUGUAGCUUUUGUAUGUUUCUGACGCAAGUUCUUCAUCCAGGAGAUCUAUCAAGAUCUGAGAACAAAGAAGGGUACAAUAAAAAGGAAAAUGAUAGCAAUUUUAUAACCAAUGCUGAAACUUAUGUAUUUGCCGCUUUGAUGAUAUUACGUGAUCCAUUUUUUUUAUUAAGUGCCGCAAAUUAUAUUAAACCAUACAUUUCUGAAUACAGCUUUUGGCUUUAUCC